AUGGAUCCGCCCUGGCAGAAUGCUUCUGUUGAUCGAAUGGAGCACUACAGGACGCUAGAUCUCUACGAUCUAUUCAGGAUACCCAUUCUAGAUCUGCUUAGGACAGCAGAGGUGCGUGGUCAACCCGGUAUAGUGGCUGUGUGGAUCACAAAUCGAGCCAAAAUUAAGAGAGUGGUCAUCGAAAAGCUGUUUCCAGCAUGGGGACUUGAGUUGGCGGCACAUUGGACCUGGCUGAAGGUGACAACGGGCGGUGAACCUGUUUUGAGCCUAAAUAAUAGGCACCGCAAACCAUAUGAAGGCAUACUGAUCGGCAGGCAAAAACAGCAGAAGGAGCAAAUGUCUUCCGGUAAAGGACAAGCAUUUGAUUCAGGCUCCAAUAAGAGAUUGCUGGUAAGCGUUCCAGGCCAGCAUUCGAGGAAGCCCUCCCUUAUGAAACUUUUGGAGGAAGAGUUCUUCCCCAGAACUGAUACACCACCUUCCGAUCUGGUCUCUUGUCCCGACUCAAUCGUGGGCGAUAAUCAACCGAGCACAAGGAUACCGUUGAAUCAGCUAGAGCUGUUUGCCAGAAAUUUAGAAGAGGGCGUUCUAUCCUGGGGUAAUGAGCCCAUUCGACACCAGUAUUGCGGGAGGACAUCCAGCAACCCAUAUACUGUCCAAGAUGGCUACCUCGUGACCCUUGACCCUUGUGCGGUCGGCCAAUGCAAUUCUGGCUGA